AUGUUCUACUCACGUACUUACAUAAACAGGAAACGAAGAAAUUUAAAGAUCACUUUUGCCUUUAUACUAUUCUUAAUAAUUUUUUUAAAUAUCAAUUAUUCAAAAAAAUCAUUCUUAUCAGUUAAUCUAACUGAUAUAAGCAAUUAUAACUUGAUCAGAAAAUAUGCACAGUCAUUCAGUGGACAUGAGAAUUUAAUUUCUGACAUUGAUUAUGUUAUCCGUAGUACUGAAAAACGAAAAAAUGUAAUAAUAAAUUCAAAAAGACAUUUAGGUUCUAUUGAUACAAAACUAUUUGAUGAACAAGAUUUUAUACUGAAAAAGAAAUUCAAUAUGAAUAAUUUAAUCUUAUUUCCAUUCGAAACGGAUAAUCCAUACGAGGAUGAUAGGAUAUUGGCGCAAAUGAGUUAUGUUCCUGUACAAGUGUUAGAAGCACGUAAAAAUGGACAAAUUCUCAUGAAACGUAUUCAUUAUCAUGGUAAAUUUUCUAAUUCACUUCCCGAUCUGUCAAAGUGUCCUGUAUAUGAAUGUAAUGUAAGUGGCAAUGGAGACAAUAUCCAGCAAGCCGAUUUAGUCGUUUUUGAAAGUAAUCCAAGACUUACUGACUUAAACAAACCGAGGAAUCAAUCUUGGCUGAUUUAUCAUAUUGAAUCUCCACGACAUUAUUCAUUCGCUAUGCCCAAAAAUUUGAUUAAUUUCACCGCUACAUAUACAGUGGAUUCAACUAUAGUUACACCAUAUUAUAAGUAUGUUCGUUUUUCGGAUGUUCAACCAAGAAGUUUAAACAAUUUAAUUCAACCUGAUAAAGAUUUUUCUAUUGGUAAAAGUAAAAUGAUUGCAUGGUUUGUAAGUAAUUGUGCUGGAAGUAGUCCAAGAAUGAAAUAUGCUAAGGAAUUAAUGAAAUAUAUCAAGGUUGAUAUCUAUGGUGGAUGUGGAAAUCUAAAUUGUGAUAGACAUGAUAGCAAGUGUUUUGAAUUAUUGAAAAAUGAUUAUAAAUUCUAUCUUAGUUUUGAGAAUAGUAUAUGUCAAGAUUAUAUUACUGAAAAGUUCUUUCUAAAUGCUCUUAAGAAUAACGUGGUACCAAUCGUAAUGGGUGGAUCGAAAUCAGACUAUGUAAGAUCAGCUCCAUCAAAUUCUUUUAUUCAUGUAGAUGAUUUUACUUCGGUCAAACAGUUAGCGGAUUACUUGUACUAUCUAGACAGAAAUAAAACUGCUUAUAAUGAAUACUUCAAAUGGCAUAAUCAUGGAACAGUUGAUUUUAAUACUUUCUCUGAUUGUCGACUAUGUAUGCUGGCGCAUGAGAUUGAUAACAUGGAAAGACCUUAUUGGUAUGAAGAUGUAGAUCAAUGGAGAAUGAAUAGUUGUGAAAAUCGUAAAUUUCCGAUUAUUUAA